AUGGCGCAAGCUCUCCAUCGAUUCGAUAUGCGCCUGCGGCUAGGUUCUCUCCGCGACACCGCUGCCUCACAAAAGCAAGCCGCCGCUGAAGCCGCAGCCCGCAAACACAAACCGUCAAUGCCGACAGUUAAGAACGCCUCCGAGACCAAAGCCGCAGAGGAGGCAGAAGCAAAAGCAAAGGCUGCAGCGGAAGAGGCAGCCAAACCACAACAUUACCGCAUCCGACCGUUGUCCGAAUCCAAAGCUAUUGAGUCCGGUGCCAAUUUCAUCUCCGAAUCAUUCCUCUUCGUUGUCGCUGGAGGACUGAUCCUCUUCGAGUCGUGGCGGUCACGCAAUAAGGAGAGCACACGGCGAGAGGGUAUUGAGGGAAGGUUAGCGGAGCUUGAACAAUCCGAACAGGCUGCGCGGGGAGCUUUGGUCGCGUUGGAGAAAGAGCUGCUCCAGCUAAGAGCGAAGCACGGUGACAUGCCCAAGUUGGCAUCGCAGAGGAUCUUGCCCCGUGAAAUAUACGAGCAAGCUCCAGAAGACGAUGAACCUGAAGUUGCAAAGGGUUGGUUGUCGCGGGUUUCGUCUUAUCUUUCAUUUGGUCAGAGCACUGAGACUACAACGAAGUCAGAGCCUGAUAACAAGUCUGUUCAAACAACUCUAGAAUCUAAACCGCCUACUGCCUCGGGUAGUCAAAUUCCGGCGGCUGCGACGAAGAGCCAGUGA